AUGCUCGUCAACACCAGUCUCCUUACCCUCCUCAUGGCCGCCUUUGCCGCAGCCUCCCCCAUCGCGGAGUCCUCUACAUCCACCCUCACCAAGCGCAAGUCAGUCAACGACUGCGGUGACUCUACCUUUGAGAACCACUCCUCCGGCGGCUCUCCCCUCGUCGCCGACUGCCAGCGCAUCGCCCGCAACAUCGCUGGCGGCGGAACCUGGACCGUUGGCGCUGGUGGCGAGCACCACCAGCUAGUCCAGUACGGAACCUGUGCUUUCGGUGCACAGGGCGCUGGAUCCAACAUGAACGCUGCCCAUAUCGGAAAUCAGGAUAUCAUUGAUCUGAUCAACAGCUCCAUUGAGAAGUUUCAGUGGGAAGGAAAGGUUGGCGCUGCUGGUGUUAUGGGAUGCCAGAGUCUUACUGGACUGGUUGGAGGCGUUGACAUGCGAUGGGUGCUUUGGUGGUUAUAG